AUGGCCGUGCCUCGGUUGGUGCACUCAAGUUCGCGAGCAGCAACAGUGCAACUUCCUCCUCGUUUCCACCUUCUCUCCUCUCCCAACCACCCCUCCUGCCCCAUCCUCUCCUCCCGCACCCGCUCCUCCUUCACAGGAAGAGCAUUCGCUGCGCCUAUCCCGCCAGCAGAAGCGUCAGCGCAUGCUGCACCUGGCGGCUGCCGCCCUUCCCACCUGCAAACACCCCCCCACCUUUACCCCCCUCCCGCUCCCCCCCUGCAGGAAGAGCGUUCGCUGCGCCUAUCCCGCCAGCAGAAGCGUCAGCGCAUGCUGCAGCGGGCGGCUGCCGCCCUUCCGCAGCUGGCGCAGCGCGUGUCAGAAACGCCUCGCUUCCGAUUGGACGAUUUUCUGGCAGCGCUUGACAGCCUGGCAGCGCUUCGGGGGAAGCUGAGAGUGGCUUUUGAGGAGCAGCAGAGGGAAGAGGAGGACGAGGAGGAGGAGAGGAGGGUGGAGGAGAGGAGAGGGGAGGGGAGGAUAGUGGAGGAGGAAGGGACGAGGGAUGAGUGUGGAAUGGAGGGGAAGGAAGGGAAGGAGGAAGAGGAGGGGGGAGAGGAAGAGGAGGGGGCGGAGGGGGGGGAAGGGGAGGAAGAGGAAGUGGAGGAAAAAUUGGCAAAGGGAGGGGUACGGAAAAGGCUACAUAUGGGCAAGGGGGGAGCAGAGGGGGAGGAGAGCGAGGAGGAGACAGAUGAGAAAAUUACUGCAGCAGACGGCACUACUGUGACUGUGUUUUCUGCUACUGCUGCUGCUGUCCCCGUGCUUCAAUGGGAUGUGCUUAUAAGCGUGGAGGCUGUUAUAGAGGAUGCGCUGAUGCUGCUGGAAGACGAGUUUGAAGCGACUCUCUCCAAACACGGCAAGCCCCUGGACCUCCCAACGCUCAAGUCUGCCCUUCAUGCCCAGAAUUUUGCUACUGCAGCUGCUGCUGGUGCUGCCAGUGCUGGUGCAGGGGCAGCAGGGGGGACGCCCUCUCUCCGCACGCGUAGAGCUACAGGCAUCACCCCCAUCACCACCCGUUUCACUCGCACCUCCUCAGACUUCUCCCUUGCUGCUGCCGCAUCUGCUAGAGGCAACACCAGCACAACCCCCACCAACCCUAGUAACUCCUCCAAGUACCCUGAACACGCCCUUAUUAGCCCGCUUGCUCACCGCGGCUUACCGUCUGCCUCUGCGGCUGCCGGCUUUGCUGCUGGUGCUGGUGUUGCCCGUAGCCCUACUCUUAGCAGCAGCAGCAGCAGCGCCAGCAGUACCGGUUUCUUGUCCCAGGACCAAUCAGGGCAUUUGAAUUCUGCUGCUGCUGCUGCUGCUGCUGCUGCUGCUGCUGCCGCCGCUGCUGCUGCUGCUGGUGCUUCUGGUGGUCUUUUGCCAAUGUAUUCCGGACCCCUUCCCUCCACAGCAGCUUCUAACUCACCCUACGCAUCCCCUUACACCUCCGGUUACAUUCCCCAUAACGCUUAUGCUUAUAACGCGGUUGGUUCUUCUUCCUUCUCUGCCUCUCCCUCCUCCUCGUCUGCCUCUCCCUAUGCGCGCCCCACUCCCCCCCGCAUCACCAUACCUAUCCAUCCGGACGAGGACGACGCCGAGCCUGAUGCCAACGACCUCCCGAACCUGACUCCUGGUUCGGCAGCCAGGUCCGGGGGCGCCAAGCCAGGGCAGGAGGCUCGGCCGUCUACAGGGCAGGAGGAUAAGAGGAGAAGCAGGCAGCCUAUCAGGGCUAUUAGCAACAUCGUUUACGGCAGCAGCAGCAGCAGCAGCAGCAGCAGCAGCAGCAGCACCACCACCACCACCAUUAGCAGCAGCAUGAAUAACAUCAGUACUCCUAGCAUAACGAGUGGCACGGUUUGUCUCGACCUGAAGGAGCGCAGCAUUGCUGAGCUGGAGGCCAUGGCGUGGAGCCAGCUGGAGCCCACCAUCAAGACGUGGCUGAGGGAUGCUAACAUUCUGAUCCGAGUGUUACUGGAGGGAGAGCGCCUCCUCUGCGAGGCAGUCCUGGAGGACGCCCCGGAGCUCGACGCGGGCGGCGUGUAUCGGCAGCUUCUGUCGGCGUCGCCCUGCGUGGAGGGCUCGGUCGGCAAGCUGGUCGGCACGGCUCGUUCCAUUGCGGGGCUGACGCGGUCCCCUGAGAAGGUGUUCAGCUUCAUGGAGAUGUUUCGGGUGGCAACUGGGCUGAGGGAGCAGGUGCAAUCCGUGCUGAUAGCAGCAGCAGGGGUGGGAGGAGGUUCCCUCUGGCCGCAAUGGCAGGCCCUCCCGGCCCUCCUCGCCUGUGCUGUGUUUGGGACGAUAGACGAGCUCAGCAGCACGCUGAGGGAUGUGGAUGGGCUUACUCCUGCUGCCAUGCCCUCUCCCGUCGCUCCCAAGAAGAAGCUUCUCAGCAGGAUAAUCUCCUGGAAGGCGCAGGAGGUGAAGAGCCAGAGCGGGGAGGACGUGGACGUGUCGGUGCAUGCGGUUACCAGCUACGUGGUCAACUACAUUGGGCAGCUGUUGGACAGAACCUCUCGAGCCAACUACUGCGCUGUGUUGGAGGAGAUCUACCAGAGCCACGGAGCCGACCAUUUGAAAGAGCCCGGCAGCAGCAGCAGCAGCAGCAGCAGCAGCCAGCAAUUGGGUCAUGCGCCACAGACGCCUGUGCAGGGAGCAACAGGGACGCCCAAGGAGUUGAAUUCUCCUGCUCCUGCUGCUGUUGCUUCUGCCGCUGCCACGGCUGCAGCUGUUGCCACCCCAGGUGGCCCUUCCGACUCGCAUCCUGCCCUAGAUUCUGCCUCUGCUGCUGCUGGCAGUGGUGGUUUGAAUACCGCACCAGAAACUCCCAAGGAAAAGGCUCGGGAUAGUCAGAAUGCUCUUGGUGGUGGUGGCAGUGGCGGUGGCAGCGUUGUCAGUGGCGGUGGGAAGAAGGGCAAGGCGGCGGGUGGGCGGCAGAGGAAGAGGCAGCUGGGGGCGGACAUGGAGGCACUGUUGGAUGCGCUCUAUUUCAACAUGGAGGCGCGCGGGAGGACCAUUGCCGAUGGUCCCCUUGCUGCACUGUUUGUGCUGAAUAACGCCAACUACAUCGCUUCUUCCAUCUCCUCGGGUCGAAUGCGGGACGCCAUCCGCCACUCCGACCGCCUGGCGGACUACGAGUCAGCUUUUGAGAGAGCAGCGCUGUGCAAGCUGCUGGCGUGCUUGGAGCCAUUGGAAGUGAGCGCCAAGAUGAGUGCCGACGGCGUCAAGCAGCGGUUGAAGCGGUUCAAUGCGGUGUUUGAGGAGGUGGCACUAGAGCAGCGGCGGUGGCUCGUGUUGAGCGACAGCUGUCGUAAGGCCAUGCGUGUGCGCUUCGCAAAGGUCAUCAAGGGGUCUUACAUGGACUUUCUCACGCCUCACAGGGAAAUAAUCUCGGACAUCCCGACGUACCAUUGGUCCCCGGAUGGAGUGGAAAGAAUCAUUCUCAAGAAAUCAACAACCACUCAUUUCACGCCGCCUUCCACGGUCCUUUUCGAACCUCCGGCGUUCCGCAGUUGCUGCGCUGCACUUCCACUCCGCCCGUUUCUCCGGUUCCCCGUUUCCCCCGUUCCCCCGGGUCCGCUUCUUCCGCGCGCCAUGUCUUCCGCCAAAUCCGCCGGAUCUUUCCUCCGCUUCAUCCCGCCGUCGUACCUUCCGCAGCGGAUGGACGUGCGUAGCGCCGUUACAUGGGGAACGACAGGAGUCGUCGGCGCGCUGUGGCUGAUUCAGCCCUUUGGUUGGAUCAAGGACCAG